GACGAGUCGGACAUUUGCGGCACGUGCUGGGAGAGCGCCAUGGCGCACGAGGAGAAUUGGUGCGGUGAGUCCAAGGAGCGCUGCGACGGCUGCGGCAAGGUCUGGUGCGAGGGCGCGGUGAGCACCACCACGACCGCCAAGCCCAAGGUCCGCAAGCUGGAGCGGCCCCCGAGCAACGCCUCCAACGCUUCAAAGGAUGCGUCCAACGCCUCCAGCGCCUCCAACGCCUCCACGGAGGACUGUGAAGCGGACUGCGUCAAGGACAACCUGUCCUACUCUUGCCAGGACCGCAUCGUCUGGGCCAGGUGGAACUUGUACAAGGAGGAGGACGACGCCUGCGCACACGCGCACGAGCUGGUGCUGAGUGAGUGCCCAGACUGCGCAGGGUGCUCCAUGCUGAGCGCGUGCCCGGGCGAGCCCACGCCGCGUGGCGAGGACAAGGAGACGUCCGAGACCCGCAAGGCUGUCGAGCGCUACCUGACCAGGCUGGUUCCUGCCACGCAGCAGUUCGCUCAGGCCCACCCCAACUGGGGCGAGUGGCAAGCCCCCACGGACAUGCGCCACAUGCAGGCCUUCAAAGACAGGCUCACAUCUCGCAUGACAACGUUGGCAAAGGCAGCGGUGGCAGCGUUGCGGGCCCGCAAAGGCGACGAAGAUUUCAAGGAGGAGCUCUCCAUGCUCCGCUAUUGCCAGGACCAGCUGCUACCACUGAAGCAGCAGAGAGAACAAGCACUGGCCAGGCUCAACGAGGCGAAGGAUCGAUUGCACAACACAUAUGCAAGGAUCAACAUGCUCGAAGCUCAGGCCGAAGAAGUUCGGGAAGAAGUUGGGGACCUGAACCAGAGCUUGAUCGACAUCGACAACAAGAUCAAGGCCGAGAUUGCAGACAUCAUCCAGGAGAUUCCCAAUCCCAUGGCAGUGGAACUUGGCACAGCUCAGGGCACAGCUCCCUCGAGCUCAGGGCCACCAUCAGAGGUGGCUUCAUUCAAAGAGCAGCGCGAUGCAGCCCUUCAGCAGCGCGACCUCAUAUAUCAGCACAAUCAGCAGAUGGAGGCGCAGAUGGGGCUCAUGCAUCAGUAUAUGUUGAACCACUGCCCGCCUGCAGCUCCGCAACCACCAGUAGAUGCUCAGCUCCAGGCGGCCAUCAACGAGAUGUACAAAGCUCAGGGCAUCCCGAUUCCUACGGCGUUCAUGACUGCAGCAGCGGAGACACCUUGCGUUGCGCCCGAUCAUUUCGCCCCGACCCAGAUCAAUCCCACCCAGGAGCAGCUCCGAGGCCCUCAGAGCUACAUCGACCACAAUGGCAAGAUGUGCUUCAAGGACAAAGCUACCUCGCAGGAUCCGCGCCCCACCCUGGGCCAGCCUCCUGCUGGCCUCACUGGCCAUGAGCAGGAGUCAAGGGACCUCGGCGUUCUUUCCGCGGGGCUGCCCUCGGGAUCGUACAUGAACCCCAGCGAGGAUCCUGACACCAGUCACUUUCAAUCCCUUGCCGCGGCUGCUACCCCCUCGGUGGCGCAGCCUGUCACCCUGUGCCUCGUCGACCUCUUACAGUUGAGGUCGCGCGAGAUGAGCUCAGUGGGACUCGCCGCUUCGAGCGAUUUCUCCAGCAAGCGCGCCGCGCCUGUGCCUGACACCUCUUUGGUCACGCAGGACCCGCUCGCGUCGAUCGUCGCCGCCCGUGUCUCCAUCGCCCCUGCAUUGCGAUCUCGGCCGUCUCCCCGCCGCAUGGCUUGA